GUGUUACAGUUGACUAGUUUAGUCUUAUGCACAUAAUUUAUUAUUCCAAAACAGAUGUAUUGUAAACAUAUCAUUAAAUUCAUGGAUGUAUAUUGAAAAACAGAAACCGAAAAAGAAGUCAAAUAUCAGUUUUAUUGAGAAGUCCUAGAGUAUCAAAAAUAAUGACUAACACAUUAUCAGACGAGCACAUUGAAGAGUUGAAGGACGCCUUUAAUUUAUUUGACAAAAAUGGUGAUGGUCGGAUAACAACAAAUGAGCUAGGAACUGUUAUGAAAUCUCUAGGGCAACAACCGACAGAAAAUGAACUAAGGGAUAUGAUACAUGAAAUUGAUGUUGAUGGUAAUGGAACAAUAGAAUUCCCUGAAUUUGUAGCCAUGAUGGCAAAGAAGCAACAAGAUGGCGGCGACCAAGAAGAAGAUUUGCGGGAAGCGUUUAAAGUAUUUGAUAAAGAUGGAAAUGGACAAAUUAGUCAGUCCGAAUUAAGACAAGUAAUGCUAAGUCUUGGUGAGAAUUUAACAGAAGACGAGAUUGAAGAAAUGGUUUUAGAAGCAGACAUUGAUGGAGAUGGUCAGGUUAACUAUGAAGAAUUCGUUGCUAUAAUGGCACAAAAGAGGUAAUUUUAUAUUGACAUGUAUGUGCAGCUACAAUAAGUGAAUGGACUAUGAUACGGAAAAUGUAGUUCUAUGACAGUUUUGUAAUAUUUGUGGGGAAAGUACCAUGCAAAAACAGUGCUCGCUUGAAAUUCAUUAGUCAAAUUAGUACUUAUCAUACUAAAACAAUCUAAAUGAAAACUGAUUUUAUAAACUUGAAUUUGUUUUUGUACAAAAUAAACAUAAUUGUAUAGGUAUAUGAAUAUGUGAGAUUUGCAUAAUGAAUUUUAUAAAUAUGUGGGAUUAUACAAA